AUGGCCCAGCCCAACAGCCAGCCAGAUCUAGAACUAAACCCCCUCGGCGAAGAUACAGAGGAAGAGGAGGACGAUCUCUCGGACCCGGACCUUCCGCUAAUCAUGCCCGACGCUGCAGCUGCAGUCCCCGCCCCGAAGCCGCGGUGGCUCGACCCCCGGCCGUCCCGUUGGUGGUCCCGGUGGACGUCGUCACCCGUUGUCCAGCGUCUGUGGGAGAAGGCCAAGGACAUCUUGCGCCCUCGCUUCACCUGGCGCUACGUUCUCUGCUCCGUUGUUGGCGUCUACGUGCUGUACUGCUUCGUCACAUGGCAGCCCUUCUUCUCUUCGGCUCUACCGGCAUAUUCGGGUCCGCAUCACGUCGGCGCCAUCGAUCUCGAGAUACCGCUUGAUAAGCCAAAGCGCAUCUCAGAGACCGUACUCAAAGGAUCCAGGGAACCAGCCUUUGAACUGGAGAGUGUCCUCUUCACCCUGUACUACCCAGCCGUCAAGGGCGCGCGAUCCAAGCAGUCCCUCCACCCAUGGGUCCCUCGGCCGCUGAGCCUCACGGCACAAGGAUAUGCCCGAGCCGCGGGCGUCGACAACUUCAUCAUGCGGCCCAUCUUUACGUUUGCCCUUUGGCUGCUGGUCGGAGGCAUCAGGAUCCCCGCGAGGGUCGACGUGCCCAUCCUCGGCUCCAACAUCGAGGGCACCGACGCCGACGGCGAAAAGUUUCCUGUCAUGGUCUUCUCCCACGGCAGCGUCAGCUCGCGGACUGACUACACCCACUAUCUCGGUGAGCUCGCCAGCCGUGGCCACAUUGUCGCUGCGCUCGAACACCGUGAUGGCAGCUGUCCCGGGUCUCUCGUCAAGGUCAAGGACAAGAAGGAAAGAGAGGUCAUUCUCUACAGAGAGCGCGAUCUCAUAUCCGACCCUCCCAUGAACGACACCAUCCUCAAGCAUGAGCAGCUCGCAUUCCGAACUCAAGAGAUCCUCGAGACCAUCCGUAUCCUCCAGUUCGUCAACGCCGGCAACGGCUGGGAAGUCUUCAAGUCCAACUCGCGCGAAGAAGGCCACGCCCUGGCAGCAUGGGCAGAACGCCUCGAUUUCCACCACCUCACCAUAAACGGCCACUCUUACGGCGCAACAGGCGCUCUUCAAGCCCUCAAGACGGCAAAUACCACCAUCGCCAACCCAGCCAUCGGCGGCAUCGCCCUCGACCCAGGCAAGUCCAGCGGCCAGCUCAACACCGAAGUCCCAGUGCCACUCCUCGUCGUCCACUCCAAUUCAUGGUCCAAAACGCACAGCGUAUUCUUCGGACGCCCACACUUUGAUACUGUUCUCGACCUCGUCCGUGGCGUUCGCGACAAGGUUGGCACUGCGUGGUUCUUCACCAGCAUAGGGACAGCACAUCCCAGCGUGACAGAUGCACCGCUUCUGCAACCACUUCUCUUGAACUUUGCCACAGGAGCAACAGCAGAUGUGCGCAAGGCUCUAGGAGAGUACGUCAAGGUGACAAUAGACUUUCUCGACUAUACAAAGACAGGUGAGAGGAAGGGGAUUCUGAAAGAAGACGUGACGCAUGAGCAAUAUGGCAAGUGGGUAAGUGACGAGAGAAGGAAGAGCUUCCCUAAGGACCUAGCAGAGUAUUGGGAGGUCCACGUAUGUCCAAAACCUCAAGAAUAG